GACAAGUUUGACUUUGCUCUGUGUUGAGUCACCGAUAUUCUCGAAGUUGUAUUGCCGCAUUGUUAUUAAUUUUUUCGUCAGAAGUGCUCCUUUAUAAAUCUUUUCGAGGCAAAAACAUAUUAGAAUAUCACCAUGAGUCUCCAGUGGACCAUUAUUGCUACGUUUUUAUACGCUGAAAUAGCAUUUGUGCUAUUAUUGACAUUGCCGAUAGCAAGUCCUGCAAGAUGGAACAAAUUCUUCAAAUCGAAGUUUUUAGCUUAUAUAAGUGGACAAGCAUCAAUAUAUUUUGUCGUGCUGAUUGGCGUUUUGAUAUUAUGUCUUCUCGAUGCUAUUCGCGAGAUGCAGAAGUAUUCUAACAUCGAGUCGACGGAUCAUCAACACCUGGACGCAGAAAUGCAAGGUAAUAUGCGCCUGUUCCGCGCUCAGAGGAACUUCUAUAUCUCAGGUAUUGCGCUAUUUCUCCUAGUUGUCAUCCGCCGUCUUAUCCAAAUGAUCUGUGAGUUGGCUGGUUUGUACGCUCAGUCCGAAGCAAACUUUCGACAGGCUCAAAGUGCAACUGUCGCGGCAAAGACGCUCCUUGAAAAGCAAGGCGCCGGUGAUGAAGUAGCAAAGAAAGAUAUUGAAGAUUUAAGAGGCCAGAUUCUUCUUCUAGAGAAAGAGCUGGCCAAGGAGAAGAAAGACAAAGAGGCUGUAAAGUCACAAGCUGAGAGCCUCAAUCGGGAAUAUGACAGGCUAACUGAGGAACACAGCAAGCUGCAGAAGAAAAUCACAAUUGCAGGUGGUGACAAAAAGGAUGACUAAACCUUAAAUGAUUAUUGUUUAUCAUAUUUAUAAGUAGUAAUUACUAUUUUUCUAAACCUUAUAUUCUUGCAUUGUAAUUACUAAAUAUAAUCACUGAUGCAAUGCACUGUGAUUCGACAUGGGCCUUGAAGAAAUCAUUUAUCUAUGUAUUAAUAAGAUUUCAAAUGUUGUUGUGUAAUUUUGAAUAUGGUAAAGGUAUGUUACUUAUCUCUUUUGAAAUUUAUGUCCGCUUAAACUAAAUAUUAGUCUUGUAACAUAAAAAGUCUGAUUUGUUUUGUGUUUGCUUUAGCAUUGAGGCAUUUUUUUAUUUAAGCAUGUUUGAUAUUAUUCUAGUAAGGAAGGAUUGUUAUAAUGUUUGCUUUUUCACAUUUAACUAUAUGCUUAAACUAUUGUAUGUUUUUUUACCUAACUGUUGUUGUAUAUAAAAUAUAUCUGAGAGUUUAAUAAAAAUAAUAUUUUGAAUAUUGUAAAGGAACAUUUUAUUGUAAACAAAUUAUCAGGUUAAAUAUGGCAACAUCAAGAAUAACAAAUAAUAGAAACAAUUCUCUCUAAACUUGCAAAAGAUAAUGUUAUGACUUUUUCUUUUUCCUAAAUAAGCUUUCUUUUUCUCUAUAUUAUUCUAAACAUCUUAUUCUAUAGACAAUAUAUAACACAAAUAAAAAAUUGAGCUAAGUGAAUGAAUGAAUUAUUUAUUCUGGUCAUAAUAGUGCAACUGACGCAUUGCUUCACAGUUGAGGUCUCCCAAAAAGAAAAAUAUCUUUGUACCAGAUAAUUCAAAUAAAACUAAUUGAGUGUAUACAUACAUUAUAAAUGAAUGUUAUAUUUAAACACUUAUAUAGAAUGAUAGAUGCAAUUUUUUGGUUCUCAUAAAAGUUAUUUGUUUUAUUCUGUCUUGAUCUUUAAAUUGUAUUUUAUUUGUAUGGGAAAGUUUUAGCAGGUGUGGAUUAGGUGUGUGGUUGAUGAUAAUAAAAUAUUUUUAUUCA